AUGACUGUGAGCCUAACAGCGAUUAUUGUAGAAGCGACAAGAAAUACCACUUUUGCAUUACCAGUCAUGCUGGUGUUGAUGCUGACUAAGUGGGUUGCCGACUUCUUUAAUGAGAGUCUUUAUGAUGCACAUAUUGAAUUGACAGAGACACCGAUGUUGGGUUGGAAUCCGCCCGAAUUGUCGAGAAAUAUUCAAGCAGAAUUUGAUGCAUACUUGAACAAGUUAUAUUUGAGUGCAGAGGAGGAGAGCUGUUGGAUCGAUUUCAGACCGUACAUGCAUAAAAAUCCAAAUCGAGUCCCGUUAAGUGCAUCGCUUCAGUCGAUAUUCAGUUUAUUCAGAGGGCUGGGUUUGCGAUUCCUGAUCGUUUGUGAUCUUCAUAAUCGGGUGAGUUUUAUUCAUUUAUUGUGCAUGUUAUUUACCGUUGGUUAUUAUUGUUGUCAUUUAUUAUUAUUGUGUAUCAUUUAG